AUGAGUUUCGCCAACCCCAUCCUCCAUGCCGAUCCAAGCCAUUGGUGUAUAGGAACCGGGCUCGACGUCAAUGCAUUAGAUCUGACCUUAUCAUCGGCCAUAUCGGAGUGGGCCCAACUGCCUCCGUGGCUGCCUGCAUCCAACACGGGCGACGUGUCCGCAUUUUGUCCUCCAGCGCCAAUGCCUUCGGGCGUCAUCCACACGGAUCCUCCAGAGCCAUCAGCCAACAUAGUAAGACAGCGAUGGUUCACACGGCUCCCAGUUGAGGAAGAAUCACGGAACUCGCAGGCGCCACUAGGUGACCGUGAGGGAUCGUUUGGCCAGACAAACCUCGCAGCUGACGAGAAUUACCGCGCACGCCUAUCGCAGAGGCUUCAGCCUCGCAUGAGUGACGAGACCCUUCCCUCCUCAGACCGACUAAACCUUUUCGCCAGCCUUUUCUUCAGUCGCUUCAACUCCCUCCUUCCGAUCGUACAUGCACCCUCGUUCCAGCCCACCAAGGAGAACUCUCUACUCUUUAUCUCGAUCUGCUCGGUCGGUAGCCUCUUCGUAGGCUCGGCGUCCGCCGUGGCACAAGGAACCCGUCUCUUCGAGAGGUUGAAUAAAGCAAUCCUAGCAUCGUGGGAGUCGAUCCUAUCACACAGUUGCUCGGACGCUCUCUCAAUGGUGCAAGCCGCUGUCCUGGGCCAGACUUUCGCUAUUCUGUCGGGCCGACCCAAGACUCUCAUCCUGGCGGAUGUUCUUCAUGGCACCGUAAUGGCAUGGACCCGCGAGUCGAACAAACUCGCGGAUCCGACCCCAUGUGACCUCCAAGCCCUAAAUCCAUCAAGUCCGGGCUUGUCAGAGGAGUGGAGUCGGUGGAUUAACCACGAGCAGCGAAGGCGCGUGGAAGUCGCAUUGAAUAUCCACGAUGCGGAGUUAGCUAGCCUACUGCAUCACGAGCCCCUCCGUAAACAUCGCCUCAGCCAGUAUCCCCGUAUCGCCUCUGAUGCCCUGUUCGCAGCACCCUCCGCCUCACGAUGGGCUGAACUCUACAGACAAACGCCAACGCCGUGCUUCUCGGUCCCUCUUCAAGAUGACCCGCUUCAAACGGCCAUGACGCAUUCUAGAUUCUCCGCCUACGGAGUUCUGGAAAGUAUCAAUGCACAUGUUAUUGAGGCUCGACGGUCGAAUAACCUCGACGAACAUGAAUCGAAACGGUUAUCUAGCAUGCUCAUGCGAUGGUGGAGAAUAUACACCACCCAUUUUCCCCAAGACGCAGAGGAUGACGUGUUUAGUUUACUGGUUCUGUGGCACUCCGUUUUCAUCGGUAUAUACGCAGACAUAGACCUACUAGAGCAAGCAAGCGGCCGUGACGGCGAGGAUGCAGCCAGCUCCAGCGCUCCUCUCAUUAAGUCAUGGGCUAGCACAAUUGACGCUAGUAGCUGCUUGGUGCAUGCCUUGCUGAUCCAGCGGCACCUUGAGCGGAUGCGCGUGUCCUCCGAGCCGGCGAUCCAUAUCCCUCGAGCGCUUUUCAGUGCCGCCCUGGCGUGGUUCUGUUUCACUCGCAUUGGUGGUCGACAUAUAAUUGAGAGAGACGCAUUCCACGCCGCCGAAAUCCAGCUUAUAGGGGGAUUCAAGGCCUCCGAUGACCCCCGGGGAGAGGGUUCCGUCGAUAGUCCAUUUACCAGCGUCAGUCACCUACAUCGGUUGAUUGACCUACUAACGAGGGUUGGCCGAUGGGGCAUCUCGCAAUCAUUUGCGUCGGUUCUUUGUGCUGCGUUGGAGAAUAAAUUGAAUAUAUGA